UGGCUGUUUGGUUUGGGUUUGGCAAUGCCAUUUCGAACAGGCGCUUCGGGGACAGCUAUCGGCAGGGGUCCCCGGAACAGCACGUGAAGGAGGGGUCAAGAGGCCAUCAUGGGUCGCUCCUCCAAGGACAAGCGGGACAUUUACUACCGUCUAGCCAAAGAGGAGGGUUGGAGAGCCAGGAGCGCCUUCAAGCUGCUGCAGCUCGACCACGAGUUCAAUCUGUUCACAGGUGUGAACAGAGCAGUGGAUCUGUGUGCAGCUCCUGGCAGCUGGAGUCAGGUCCUCAGUCGAAAACUCAGAGUGCGUGAGGAGAAGGAUAAGAAGAAUAGUGAGGACGUGAAGAUCGUGGCGGUGGACCUGCAGGCCAUGGCUCCUUUGCCAGGAGUCACUCAGAUCCAGGGAGACAUCACCAAGGUGUCGACAGCUCAGGAGAUAAUCCGUCACUUUGAGGGUCAGCCGGCCGACCUGGUGGUGUGUGACGGAGCUCCAGACGUUACCGGGCUCCAUGAUGUGGAUGAGUACAUCCAGGCUCAGCUCCUGUUGGCUGCUCUGAACAUCACCACUCACGUCCUGAAACCUGGAGGGACGUUUGUGGCCAAAAUCUUCAGAUGUAAAGACGUGACUCUGCUGUACUCUCAGCUGAAGAUCUUCUUCAGUGGUGUGACCUGUGCCAAGCCUCGCAGCAGCAGGAACUCCAGCAUCGAGGCCUUUGUGGUGUGUCAGAAUUACUCUCCUCCUGAAGGUUACAUCCCCAACAUGUCCAACCCUCUGCUGGAUCAUUCCUACGAUGUAGACUUUAACCAGUUAGAGGGUCCGAACCGCGUCAUCGUUCCUUUCCUGGCGUGUGGUGAUCUCAGCGCCUUCGACUCAGACAGAACCUACCCUCUGCAGCUGGAUGCUGAUAAACCGUAUCAGUACACCCCCCCAACCCAGCCGCCCAUAAGGCCCCCCUACCAGCAGGCCUGCCACCUUCGCAAAAACAACCUGCUGUCCAGAGAGGACGCUCUGUCCAACUGUCCCAACCAGAGUCAAGACGAGACGGAGCCACCGGCUGAGUCCACCUGAUCCGUUUGACUGCUGCUGAUUGAGUUAUCAUUAAAGGAAUGGUCUGGCAUUUGGGGAAAGUUGGAUAAGAAGAUGGAUAUCUGUUUGUUGUCCUGGUUCUAUCUCUGUACUGGACGCACAGAAAUUAAACAUCCAUCUUCUUAUCAGACAGAAAAGAAGAGACUUUUCCAUCCCGGACUGUUCCUUUAAUGAUAACUCUGUCCUCUGUCUGCUCAUGUUUUUUUUCUUGUCCAAUCUUUUACAUCGCUGUAAUGGAUGUUCUUCCAAAUGGAGGAGUGUGUUUUUAUUCUUCUUAGUCUGAUUUUAUGUGGAGUAUUUUGUGUAUAUUUUAGAAAUUAAAUGUAAUUUCUUUGAUGCAAGCCAGCAUCGUGGUUUAUAUGAAUUGUGGUUUGAGAUUAAUUAAACUCUGAAUUAUAUUUUUUGUCUAUAAACAAUAUUGAAUUGUCAGGAAAUCGUAGUUACUAUAAAUGUGAUAAAACAUUGUGCUGCCAUUUUGGGUUAAAUGCUGAUGAUUUUGGCUCACAAAUUAGCUUUUAAAUUAUGUUUCCUACUAAGAUUUACAUGCCUAGAUUAAGCCUAAUAAAAAAGUAAAAAUAAAAA